AUGGAAUUGGCCCAGAUGGAAACUCAAUAUACGCACGAUAAGAUUAUACUUUACGAAACCCUUGAGAAACUAAUACCACCUCCGGUGAUUCUUCAAGCUCCCGUUGGUGAUCACACCCAGGAGGAUUCCUUCUUCAAGUUAGAGAAAAUUAAAGCCCCGAAAUUCAAUGGGAAUAUUUCUAAAUGGAAUAAUUUUAAGGGCAUUUAUGGCAAACUUGUACACGACAACGCCAACUUAGCGAGCAUACAGAAAUUCUUUGUUCUUCACGCAUGCCUAGAAGGAGAAGCCUUUGAAUUGAUCGAAAAUAUCGACGUGACAUCAGAAAAUUACGCCUCAGCGUGGAAGCUCCUGAAUGAUCGGUAUGAUGAUGAGAGCAGACUGAUUUGGACUCAUCUCAAGGACUUAUUCAGUAUUAGAAAAAUGAAAAACGAGACGUCUGAUGAGGCACGCUUCAUGACCAGACCAUUCGUGCUCGCGAGGUACUCGCUAACUUGA